UACCUGGUACCCAAAUUGACACAAUGAGAUACUCCUAUAAAAGUUAUUAGUAUCAUUAUUUAUUCGUUAUUAAGUGUAAAGAAAUUUCAUUUCGGAAAAAUACAAGACGUAUGUACUUUAUAAUUAUCAGAGAGUCGUUAUGCAAUCUUUUUAUUUCAGACAAUAAAUUAAGCUUCUCUCGAUUAAUCAGACUACAAUAAUUUAUUAUCUCUCUCCUCAAAUUUGAAAAUUGUGAACAAUUCUCUGCAGUUCUCUGGUGCGUUCUCGUUCUUAACUUCCACUGAUUAUCAUUAUCUCAUUCAAUAAUGUCUAUGCAUUUCAUCUUUUUCUUAUUGUAUCCCUUUCCGGCUAAUUAAUUCCCAAAUUCAGUUCCGCUCUUGGAAAAUUUCAAAUUUGAUCUUGAAUUGUCACUAGAAGGUUUAUUUCCUGAAUCUUGCACUUAGUUUUGUGUUUGAGAUUAGAUUUGGGCAAAUGCUGUAUACUUUCUGGAAAUUAAAGCCAUAUCCUUUUAUUUCUGCUUUUUCUUUUUCUUCUUUUUUCUUUUUUGUACGCUUGUGAUAAUGUUGUGAGUCUUGCGAUUUUUUCAUUUAGAUGACAGAUUCGCUGCUGUUCAUGAUCCUGCUUGGCCUCUUGACAGUUUUUUAUUGGGUUCUUUACCGAUGAUGCUCCUUUAGAAUUCGUUGUAAAAAUCUGACCGAGGGGGUGAAAUGGUGUUAAUGCUGUGCACUCUUGGUGAUCAAUGCUGUGCACUUUUGGUGAUCUUAUAAGUUUUGCAAGAAACGAUUGCUGAUCAAGGUUGUGAACGGGACUGAGCUGUGAAUUCUUUGGUCUUCAAGUAAUAUGGUGGGCCAGAACACAUAUGUUCCACCACGUUACAUCCCCCUCGGGCAGUCAGAUGCAGAAGCAGAUGUAGUACCAACACCCGCCGAUGUUGAUCCCAGAUCACAACACAACAGUAGUGUUCCAGGGCAGUGGUCUUCGGGAAUCUGUGCUUGUUUCGAUGAUAUGCAGAGCUGUUGUGUUGGGCUUAUUUGCCCGUGCUAUCUUUUUGGGAGAAACGCAGAGUCUUUGGGUUCUGGAACUCUAAUAGGAUCUUGUAUGAUGCAUUUUGUAUUAUGGGCUCUUGUGAAUACUCUAUGCUGUGUGAUGACGGAAGGUGCUAUGUUGGGCGCCCCUGGAUGCCUUGCUGCCUGUUAUGCAUGUGGCUAUCGGAGGACUUUAAGGGAAAACUACAAUUUGGAGGAAGCACCAUGUGGAGACUUUGUCACACAUUUCUUCUGUCAUUUAUGUGCCAUUUGUCAAGAAUACAGAGAAAUCCGCGAAAGAUCUCAAGACCUAAAUUCCAGUAGCCGGAAUAUGGUGGAAUUGGCCGCUCCUCCUGUACAGAAUAUGGGACCAGCUUCACCAAAAUAGACCUUUCUCCCACACGAUCCCUUCACCUUGUAUUGUUUCUACCACUCUGAAUGCUUCUGUCAUGUUUCAUAAAUUUUACAUCAAUUUAUGAUAUGUAUUUUUAGUUAGUUACAAUUCAUACACACCUCCUGGACAUGUUCUUUGAAGGAGAAACGUCUUACCCAUUAAUCUGA